AAUAUUCACUUCAUUCACUCUGUUUUAGAGCACCCUUAGUGUUCUUUUUUUCUCUGCUUUCUUACUUGCACGUACACUUUUACAAAGAAAAUAUGGACUCAAGCAACAAGACAAUCACCACUACAGCGCCACUGUCUCCUUGCUCCGCAUCACCGCGGCGUAACUCUCCAUCUCCACCACGAGUGGUGGUCACACCAUGUGCUGCCUGUAAGAUAUUACGGCGGAGAUGUGCAGAGAAAUGUGUGUUGGCACCUUAUUUUCCUCCCAAUGACCCCAUCAAAUUCACCACUGCUCAUCGUGUUUUUGGCGCUAGCAAUAUUAUCAAGUUCUUGCAGGAAUUGCCGGAAUGUCAAAGAGCAGAUGCUGUAAGCAGCAUGGUGUACGAGGCUAACGCUAGGCUGAGGGAUCCAGUCUAUGGUUCUGCUGGGGCAAUUUGUCAACUUCAACAGCAAGUGAAUGAGCUUCAAGCACAAUUAGCCAAAACGCAAGCUGAGCUUGUCAAUAUGCAAUCCCAACAAGCUAAUCUCAUGGCCUUUAUUUACAUGGAAAUGGGCCAAUCUCCACCAACAUCACCCGAACAAUCUUUGGACAAGUUCGCCAAUACUGGACAUGGCAAUUUCCAAAAUAACAUGAAUUUCUUAGACGACAGCAACAAUUUUGGGUCGUUAUGGGAGACUCUUUGGACAUGAUUAAGAAGGAAGAUAUAUAUGUUCCUCAAAUUUGGGACAUUAUCCGACAGAAACUGAUCUACAACUUAAAUUUGAUAGGUCUAAUCUUUGAGUCCUUACUAUUGCACUAUUGUAAUUAUAGAUGCUGCUAAAAUUUGUAAUAUUAUACUUAUAUAUUUACGCCUUCUUAUCAAAAAUAUUGUAUUAAGUUGAAUCUAGUAAACCGGGGUCCAUCUGCCUCUCUGUUUAUAGUCAUAUGAGCCGAUUUUACUUCCUAGAAGAUUAUGGAAGGAAAACAAAGUUGCAACAGAAUAUGAAAGAGAUCUUGAUAGAUAUCACAGAUUUGGGACUAUGUCUGGUUAGGUUA